AUGGACUCACCCAUCUACUACUCAAAGGCAGAAUUCAUCGAAACUGACACAGGAAACAAGGUCUCGCGUCGAGCAACCAUCGCAGGCCCGCAGAACAUCAUCCUGGGCGGCAAGACUAUCAUCUCCAGUGGUGCCAUUAUUCGCGGCGACCUGCGACGAACAGGACCUGGCCAUGCAGUUGUCAUUUCUCUGGGACGGUACUGCCUUGUUGGAGAAGGAUGCAUCAUGAGGCCUCCUUACAAGACAUAUCGCGGAAACUUCAACUACUAUCCCAUGAAGAUCGGAGACCAUGUUCAUAUUGGUGCCAAUAGUGUCGUUGAAGCUGCAACAAUAGGAAACCACGUCGAGAUUGGGAAGAACUGCGUCAUUGGCAAGUUUACGAUCAUCAAAGACUGCGCAAAGAUUGCAGACAACACCAUCAUCCCGCCGAACACAGUUAUCCCUGCACUAUCUCUCUUCUCCGGUUCGCCAGGUGAAUUCGUGGAAGACCUCCCAGAGUCAACACAAGAAAUGGUAGAGGCCCACACAAAGCAGUAUUAUAUGCGCUUCCAGCCAGGCUAA